UAAUCGAAUCAGGAAUUAAUUAUUAACGUGAAAUCAUUUUAAUACAUCAUAUCACUCGCAGGGUGAAGAUGUUAAUAAAAUGUAUACUUCUGCUGUGUGUGUUUCAGAUAACUGUUGGACGAUAUGAACCAAAUUGGGAAUCUAUUGAUUCUAGACCUCUGCCAGCAUGGUUCGAUGAGUCCAAGGUUGGGAUUUUGAUCCAUUGGGGCGUGUUCUCUGUGCCAUCAAUUCUGUCGGAAUGGUUUUGGUACCAGUGGGAGACUAAGACGCCGCUGUUGGUUGAAUUUAUGAAGCAAAAUUACAGACAAGACUGGACCUACCCAGAUUUUGCUAAAGAAUUGACAGCAGAAUUCUUUGAUGCUGAGGAAUGGGCUAGUUUGCUUAAUAUAUCUGGAGCUAAAUAUGUUGUGAUGGUUGGAAAGCAUCAUGAAGGCUUUACGAUGUGGCCGUCUAAUUAUUCCUGGAACUGGAAUGCAAUGGAUGUAGGCCCAAAGAGGGACUUAAUAGGUGAAGUCGGAGCUGCUAUAAGAAAUAAGACUAAACUACAUUUCGGGAUUUAUCAUUCAUUAUUUGAAUGGUUUAAUCCUUUAUUUGAACGUGACAGAUCGAAUGCGUUUAAGACACAGGAUUUCAUAGCAGCAAAAACAAUGCCAGAAUUGUAUGAGCUAGUCAAUAAAUACAAACCAGACAUUGUGUGGUCAGAUGGCUCACAUGCUGCCGAUGACUGGUACUGGAAUGCCACUACCUUCCUGUCAUGGUUAUAUAACGACAGUCCAGUAAAAGAUACAGUGGUUGUGAAUGACAGAUGGGGGAUUAACGUCAACUGUAUACAUGGUGGUUUCUUAAACUGCGGAGACAGAUUCAAUCCAAAGGUUUUACAGAAGAGGAAAUGGGAGAACGUAAUGACACUUGAUAAGUAUUCUGCUGGUUACAGACGUAAUGCUAAACUCGAGGAUUAUUUUACUAUGUUAGAAUUGUUAACAGAAGUAGCUCAAACAGUCAGUUGUGGAGGAAACAUUUUGAUUAAUAUAGGCAUAACCAAGGAAGGUACAGUCAUACCUAUAUAUCAAGAUAUCUUAACUAAACUUGGAAAAUGGUUAACAGUGAAUGGAGAGGGUAUUUACAGUUCGAAGCCCUGGACCACUCAGAAUGAUACUAUUUCUAAUUAUGUAUGGUACACAUCUAAAGUUAUCAAUAACCAACCGUUUGUGUAUGCCAUUAUGUUAGAAUGGCCAAAGAACAAUACAUUGAUAUUAGGGGCUCCUAAAACGUCAUCAACGACAGUUGUGUCAAUGCUGGGAUAUACUGGCGGUAAUUUCUCCUGGAAACCCAAUCCAGCUGGAGGUAUCCAGAUCAUGUUACCAUCUAUGAAUGUUAAUGAGAUACCCUGUAAUGAUGUUUGGGUUAUCAAGAUGCAAGGAGUUAAUUAAAUGCAAUAAAAAUGACAUCUAUGUUCAUAAUUUUAUGUUUUUGUUAAUAAAUAUAUUAAAUAGCUGAUAUGAAAUAAAAUAUGAUUUUU